AUGCGCCGAUACGGAGGGCCGCUGACAUCAGACACAAUUUUCACUUCAGCCACGCCGUGGAUUACAAACAAUCUGCCUGACCUCCCCCUGGGGAAGGAGGUCCCGCAGAGCACCUCCUCCGACGAGAGUCUGUCCUGGGCGAUGCAGCAGCUUCAGGCCUGCAGCCAGUCCCACGAAGCUUGCAACGGCGACUCUCCCACGCCGUUGCCGAGCAGGGUGCUCGAUGUGUUUGCCGAGGGAGAGAGCGGGGUGCGGCUGUACGAGUCGCGGGGCGAGACGGCGCCGUACGUCUGCCUGAGCCACUGCUGGGGCCGCCGGCCGUUUCUGCGGACGCUCUCGGGAAGCCUCGACGCGCACCGGACCGAGAUCCUCUGGUGGCGGCUGCCGCGGACGUUCCAGGACGCGGUCGAGUUCACGCGCAAGCUGGGGAUCCGCUACCUGUGGAUCGACAGCCUGUGCAUCGUCCAGGACGACCAGCACGACUGGCGCCGCGAGGCCGCCCGGAUGGCGUCCAUCUUCCAGGGGGCCGAGCUCGUCAUCUCGGCGGCCAAGUCGCAGGGCGCGGACGGCGGGCUGUACGCCGAGCUGCCGCCCACGCACCGGACUCACACGCUGCGCCGGGCCGAAACGAUCCACGUCCGCCGCGCCCUAACCCACACGCAACGGUUGCUCAGCCGGUACCACGCGCCGCCGUCGAUCCUCCCGAUCUUUACGCGCGGCUGGGUCCUGCAGGAGCGCUUCCUGUCGCGCCGGAUCCUGCACUUCGGCCCGGAGGAGCUCUCCUUCGAGUGCCUUGAGUCCGCCACGUGCCAGUGCACCCCGACCCCGACCCCGACCCCAACCCCAACCCCCACCACCAUGGCAAACGCGUCCACCACCAUGCCGACGUGGUACGCGCACCUCCUCGACCGCAGCGCCCGGCCCAAGCACUACUACUCGCCGCGGACGUGGCGUGAGGGCAUGGACGCCGCCGCGCGCGCCCGCUGCUGGCGCUGUCUGGUGGAGGAUUACACGCGGCUGCGGCUGACGUUCGACAAGGACGUGUUCCCCGCGAUCGCGGGGCUGGCGCAGCGCAUGGCGGAGGCGCGCGGGCCGCGGGCGAGGUACUUCGCUGGGCUGUGGGGGGGGGGUUCUGGUUCGGGAGGGGUUGCGUGGACGGAUCCUGGCGGCGGAGAAGAAGAAGGCUGGGAGACGACGUGGAUGGUCCGGCCGGCGAGCUGGAGGGCGCCGUCGUGGUCAUGGGCGAGC